UUUCCAGAGGCAAACAUGCGGUUCAUCAUCGCACUAGUUUUAAUGGGAUUCAUCUCUUCAGAAGUGGAGAUAAGGAAAGGUGCCCUGUCAAACAGACAUGGAAAAGUCAAAAUGACCAAUGACCUUGGAAUAGUUAGUAUAGAUAUUCCACAGUGCUCAAACGUGAAAGUGAACUAAAAGAAAUCCAAGAUGGUAUUAAAGCAAUCCUUCAGAAGGAUGAUAAUAACAGUGCCAUGUCAUUAUUGGAAAAGUUGAGCAUGAACAUAAAUAACACACUGAGAACAAGGUCCGAAAGAUCCCUCUUACCCUUCAUUGGAACUGCUCUAAAUCAGUUGUUUGGGGUUGCUACCGAAGCAAAUGUAGAACAAGAAAAGGAAAGAAUUGACAGACUGGAAAAGUGGGCAGCCGCAAGGGGUACAGUGAUAAAUAAAGUGACUACCUCUCACAAUCAAAAUGCAGAACAAAUAGAAAAAUUGAAAGUCUUCAUAAGUCAAGUAAAUCAGAAUGUAACAAAACCACUCAAUAAGAUAGAAAAUAUACAGUUUGUAAAUACCUUUGCACUGGAAAGUGAAGUGAUGUUACAAGAACAUAAAGACAUGCUCAAUGCUGUCUUACUUGCUUACAAAGGUAUUUUCAGCCCAACACUAAUCACUCCAAAAGAAUUAGAAGACAUUAUUAAUAACGGCACAAACAGGAUAAGGUUAGGUGCUAAACGUAUAUAUGCCCCACAGGAAAAUAAGUGCAAAAAUGAUCAGCUUUUAAGCAUGUACUCCUCAAUAGAAUAAAUAAUGCAGGAAAAAAAACAAGGAAAAAAUAAUGAUCCUUGGAGACUUUAACUGCAAAAUAGGAAAAGUCAUCUCCAACAAUAAGGAAGAAGUGAUUAAAGGAGGAAAAGCACUGCUGAACCUAAUCAAACAAAACAAACUAUUGUUAUUAAAUAAUCAUAGAAAAUGCAUUGGAACAUGGACAAGAAUACAAAACAUGCAGAAGUCUACUAUUAUUGACUAUGUAAUGAUAAGGGAAGAAGAUGAAGGAGGAGUCCAGGUAAUAGAAAUAGAUGAAACAAAAGAAAUAGUAACGCCAUACAGGAUAUCCUCUGAACUAGUGGACUCUGACCACUGUGCUGUGAGAGUGGUCAUGAACUGGAGAAUAGUAUGCGAGAGAAGCAAGAGCGGAAAAUAUAUAGUAGAUAUAAGAAAGCUAAAAGAUUGCAAAGACAAGCCUUGGUAGACAUAGCAAGAGAAAAUGAUCACAUAAAACAGAAAUACACCAAAUGGCAAACAGAACUGGACAAAAUAUUGGGAAAGUGUAAGAAAAAAGCAAAGUUAAAAAGGAAAGCAAAUCAAGAAUAUUAAGAGACCUAAUGAGGGAAGGUAAUAAUGGAAGGGAAAAAGUUUAGUAGUACAGAAAAGAAGUGGGUAUGGCAGGUACAGGAGAGAUUAAUAGGUGAAUACAUUGCUAGAGAAAAAACGAAGGAAGAGGGCAUCAGGAUAAAGGAGACAGCAGCCGAAAUAAAAUCCGAAGGGAGAUUAAGUGAAUGGAGCAGCAGCCUUUUGGGACUUCAAGAAAAAAACUCGACGGCACAAAACCAAACAAUGUGGUGGCAGUAAGAAGGGAAAGUAAUAGAAAAGGUAGAAGGAAUUAAAAGAGAGUAUGAACAAUAUUAUAACGAUCUAUUCAUAUUAGAUCAACCUAAAGAUGAAAUUGGCAUGCUAGCGGAUGAAAUUACCCUCCAGUUCCAGGAAUAGAUGUCCAUAAGUGGGACAGGAAAAACUGGAAAAAUCCAAAAGACAAGAAUUCAGGAAGUGGAAAAAGCGGUAAUGAACCGGAAGAAUAAAUACACCCCGGACAGUAAAGGUAUAAAUAAUAUAAUUAUAAAAAGUAUGGCUACAGAAAUCACUGAAAGUAUGGCACUCUUAAUUGGAGACAUUGAAGGGGAGUUAAACACUCCUGACGAAUGGGAGAAAAUGGAAAUAUUAUCACGUCACAAAAAAGGAACCAACUAGAAUCAGAAAACAAGAAAGGGAUAUUCAGUACUAGUAACAUAAGCAAUGUAUUUGAAAAAGUGAGGAUGGAAAUAACGAAGAAUGAGAUAAACCAGAAGAUUAGCCGGUUCCAAUGUGGUGGCAUAGAAGGAAGAUCCACAGUUGAUCACUUGCUAACCUUGAAUGCAGUGAUUGACUACAACUCAGUGUUGGGAGCCCCAACGUACAUAUGGUUUUGGGAUGCGUAUAAAUGCUUUGACAAACUGAAGCUGAAGGACUGCAUUAAAGAGAUAGGGAAAAUGAUAGGUUGGAAAGAUGCAUGGUUGAUAAGAAAAGUGAAUGAAAACGGCAAAACAGUCAUAAAAUGCCCUGCGGGAGGAACCAGCAGAAAAUGUGAGGCAAGGUACAAUUUACAGCACAAAGCUAUGCAGCAUAGUGACAGACAGAGUGAAUGAUCUAAGCAGGAAGAACGUAACACUCAUAAGAAAUAUAGCAAUAGAGUUAGAGUCCCUAAUAUUUGUUGAUGACAUAAUGUUCCCCACCAGCAGGAGAGAAGGAAUAGAAAUGGCAAUUGGAAACUGCCGCACCCUAGAGCAGCUAAAGAAAUUUACUUUUAAUACUGAGCCAUGUAAGUCAACAGUGCUAGUAAUAGACAAAAAAGCAAAGAAAUCCAGGGGCCGGAUACUCAAAACUUCCAAAGGCGCCUUUUCUGGCAAAGGCGCCGUUCCUGUCGGCAGUUACUCGAAAGGCUCAUACUCAAAACACCGAAUGUGCGCCGCCAUCUUGGAAAUAUGGCGCCGUGAGAGCCUUUGUGGGGGAAAGGCAACUGUGGGAAUGACAACAAGGAAGAAGAGGGUGUCUCAUACCUCUUGUAUACGUCAAUUAACGCCAUUAGACAUAGUUUUGUGGUUUAAGGUGUACUUACUGUGGCUCAGCAGUUGCAACGGGAGAGGAGGUACAGAGACCCUUUGGAUCCACUUCACAUUGAUGACACAGAAUUGCUUCAAAAAUAUAGAUUUCCUCGCAACCAGAUCAUCAGUCUGUGUGAAGAACUAGAGCCACACAUUGGAAGGCCAACCUCAAGAAGCCAUGCCAUCCCCACACAUACACAGGUCUUGGUGGCGUUGAGAUUUUUGGCAAGUGGGACCUUUCAAAAUGUGAUUGGUGAUGUAACUGGUAUGAGCCAAGCAAGUGUAAGUCGCAUCAUCAGUCAAGUUACAGAUGUUCUAUAUAACAAAGCAAGGACAGAAAUAAAAGUGCCACAAAAUCCACAGGAAAUUCACCAGACUGCGCAAACUUUCCAUAGGAUUAGUGGCUUUCCAAGAGUCAUUGGUGUAAUAGAUGGAACACAUAUUCCCAUUAAAGCACCAAGUGACAAUGAAUACAUUUAUGUAAACCGUAAAGGAUAUCACUCGCUAAAUCUUCAAGUAGUUGGAAAUGCCCAAAACCUCAUCACUAGCUAUACUGUGAAGUAUCCUGGCAGCACCCAUGAUGCCUACAUUUGGAACAACUGCCCACUACGAGGUCGCUUCCAAGAUGGUGUCUAUGGAGAUAUGCAUCUUCUUGGUGACAGUGGGUAUCCACUGGAGCCAUUUCUCCUCACCCCAUAUCCACACCCAACAACCCUGGGACAAGAAAGGUAUAAUAGGUCACAUAAGAAGACGAGAACUAUAAUUGAGCAGACAUUUGGGGUCUUGAAAUCUCGCUUCCGAUGUCUGCAUAAUUCUGGUGGGUCUCUACAGUAUGAACCCAAAAAAUGUGCGAAGAUAGCUGCUGCCUGUAUGCUGCUACACAAUCAUUGUGUUCAGCAACGAAUACCUGCUCCUGAGCUGCUUGAGGAAGAGGAGCAAGAGGAUGAGGAAGAUCCUGAUGAUCCAGCAGCAGUUGCAGGUGCAAAAGGCAAGGUGCAGGGCAAGUGGUAAGAGAGGAGAUAGUAGCAAAUUUUUUUGCAUAAAUGUAAGAGGAGAGAUGGUGGAAAUUUUGUUUUUGCAUCAAUAUAUUUUGUAGAGUAAACUAUAUUUCUACAUUAUCAUUGUUCUUGUUUAGUUUGCCCUUGUGCUGUUUUUUAUAUAUAAUAUAGGUUUAUUUUGCAAGUUACACUAAUUGCUUUGUAAUAGUGUGAUUUUCCUCUGCAGACGCUAGAUUUAAAGUUAUUGGAUGUGUAUUAUUUAAAAUUAUUUCAUAUAUACAAUCUAAAAUUCCUAUAUUAUAAUCUGAUUGUUUUGACUUAUAGUUCAUAUAUCUUAUAAAAUUUUCAUGUAUAAGCAAUGCUAGAUA